CGAUAACGUACUUGAACGGAAAUUGGUCGCACAGAGCCUGGUUCAAACAAAAUUGCGAAUUGCAGAUACAAGGCAGUGGAUGACGCGGAUAAUUUUGUUAACCUUAUUAAGAUAAAAGAACUACCAUGACAGAAGUGAUUCUCACGGACGCUGACGGGAACACUUUAAGGUCUGGUAUAGAUGUUGGUGGUAUUGUCACACCUGAUGCGUCAAUGGAUCCAAUGAGAAAUAAACGCAUUUUUGACGAAUUACAAACUUUUAAGUUUCGAGAUGACGAUAUUAUGCUAUGUACAUUUCCGAAAUGUGGCACAAACUGGAUGUAUGAAAUACUGACCAUGAUAAAUAACAAGUCAUCGGAGAGAGUUGCAAGUUACAAGUUGAUGUCUAUGCUUGAGUGCAAGGCCCAAGUGUAUAUUAAUGCGUUAGAAUCGCCACGUGUUAUCAAUUCACACUUGAGACCAAGCUUACUUCCCAAGGAUCUCAGCCAAAGAAAAAUUAAAACCAUUCUUUGUCUUCGUAACCCGAAGGAUGUUGCAGCUUCUUUCUAUCAUCAUAUAGUUGGACUGUCUCAUUAUGGAUAUACAGGGACAUUUGAGGCCUGGUUACCUCUGUACUUGGAAGGAUACUUGGAAGAUGGCAAGUAUACUGACUAUUUGCUGGAAUGGGAGAGAGCAAUUACUGAUGGUUUGGACUUUCCAUUGCAUCUGAUGUUUUAUGAAGAUCUAAAACUGGAUACGAAAACAGAAUUGAACAAGUUGCUGCAAUUUCUAGAUGCAGACUUAGACAUAACACUGAAAAAUGGCAUUAUAGAAGCUUGCAGUUUUCAGAAUAUGGCCAAAGAAAAAGAAAUAAUGUCGAAAGAGCUUAUUCAGCGGCUAUUCAAAGAGGGAUUCCGUUUCUUCCGAAAAGGGGAAAUAGGUGAUUGGAAGAAUUUGUUCACAGUUGCACAAAACAAACUUUUUGAUGACAGAUGGAACAAUGAAAUGAAGAAUUCGAAAAUGUUCAAAUUUCUGUACACAGCACCUACUUUAACUGAUAGGAAAUAGUAACGCUUAAAGCCAGUUUUUAUCUAAUUAAAGUAUUUAAAAGGCUUACAUAUAUCAAAAUUUUGCAAAAUGAA